GGGCGAAAGUGGAGGAGGCCGAGGGCGAGGGCGCAGCCGGUUGGCCUGGCACGGCGCAGCCCGCGGCGGAGGGGGCGGCCAAGCGAGCGGCGAAGCGGUUGGAGGACUUCGAGGUGACCUCGAAGCUGCUCGCCCGCCCGAUCCGAGAUUUUGAGUCGACCACUUACCUUGCGAUCGAGCUCCUACGUGACCAUCCAGUCGUCGAGGCCGCGAAGGAAGCGGGCGAGGGCCACGGCGCCGCGCGCCGCGGACGGAGCCCCGAGGUCCACUGGGCGGGGCCGCCCACAGUGCGUCGGGCGGAGGCGGCGGCGCGGGCCCCGGCCAAUUCCGUCGAGGCCCAGGGCUUCGAGCUGGCGCGCCCCGCCCGGGAGAUGCGCGAGAAGUUUACAGACCAGCAGUCUUGUCGCGGGGUGGUGAAGUUUUUUUCCAAACGCAAGGACGCGCACGACCAGCGCCACUGCCGCCUGCGCAUCGCGACUUCCGAUGCCGAGGUCGCGAUGUGCCGCGAGAUGGCGAUGCUCCAGGCCGGGGCGGUGCAGCUGCAGGGGUCGGCUUGUCCCUGCGGGCUGCGCGGCGCCUUGCAAUAG